CGUAUUUAAAGCGGGCCAUGGGAGUCCGCUGAGCCCCGUUAACCAUGCCGAAACCCGGGCUCCUGUCGGCGGCACUGCUGUUCGGUGUGGCCGCGAUUGUGUUGGUCCUCUUCCCUCUGCCCGCUUCCACAGACUCCGGGGAUGGGACUCGGGGACCGGUGGCGUUGGCUCACUCCGCCGCCGAGGAGCGUGCAGCCCCCGGGGUCGCGGCGGAGGACGAGGAACCAGGAGGGCAGCAUCAGCAGCAGCAUCAGCACGGCGGAGGGUACAAGGUGGUUCAAUGGGAGUGGAGCUACGUGCAGACUCCGUACAUCAUCGCAAUCUGGCUCCUGGUGGCAAGCGUGGCCAAAAUCCUAUUCCACUUCUCUCAGCGCUUCACCACGGUGGUCCCAGAGAGCUGCAUGCUGAUCCUGCUUGGUCUGGUUUUGGGCGGGAUCGUGCUCAUAGCCAAUAAGAAGCAGCUGUACCAAUUAGAGCCCGCCCUCUUCUUUCUGUUCUUGUUGCCAACCAUAGUGGGGGACGCGGGGUACUUUAUGCCCGCGCGACUCUUCUUCGAUAAUUUGGGUGCCAUUUUGACCUACGCCGUGGUCGGGACACUGUGGAACUCCUUCUGCACUGGAUUCUCUCUCUACGCAGCUAAAGUACUCAAUGUCAUAGAUGAGAAGGUGCAGGCCGACCUCAUGGACUUCCUGUUGUUUGGAGCUCUGAUCUCGGCUGUGGACCCUGUGGCGGUGCUGGCUGUGUUUGAGGAAGUUCACGUGAAUGACACCCUUUUCAUCAUUGUCUUCGGAGAGUCUCUGGUCAAUGACGCCGUCACCGUGGUGUUGUACAAAGUCUACAUCUCCUUUGUGGAGGUGGGACCAAAGAAUGUUCAGACUGUAGACUACUUCAAAGGCGUCGCCUCCUUCCUGAUCGUGAGUAUCGGGGGCACUCUGGUGGGCCUGGUCUUUGCAGUGAUCCUGGGCUUCAUCACCAGAUUCACUAAAAAAGUUCGGAUCAUUGAGCCGCUCUUUGUCUUCCUCCUGGUGUACUUGGCCUAUCUGACCGCUGAGCUCUUUUCCCUCUCCGCCAUUUUAUCGAUGACGUUUUGUGGCAUCGGUGCUAACAAAUACGUGGAGGCAAACAUCUCUCAGAAGUCUCGUACCACAGUGAAGUACACGAUGAAGACUCUGGCCAGUAUCGCAGAGACCAUCAUCUUCAUCUUUCUGGGGAUCUCUGCUGUGGAUAAGUCCAAAUGGGCCUGGGACACAGGACUGGUCUCCUGCACCCUGGUCUUUAUAUUCAUCUUCAGAGCGGUCGGAGUGGUUGGACAGACUUGGGUCCUGAAUCGUUUCCGUCUGGUCCCUCUGGAUAAGAUCGACCAGGUGGUGAUGUCGUACGGUGGCCUGCGGGGGGCAGUGGCGUUUGCUCUGGUCGUGCUGCUAGACGGAGAACAAGUCAAAGCCAAGGAUUAUUUUGUGGCCACAACGAUUGUAGUAGUCUUCUUCACGGUCAUGUUUCAGGGUCUGACGAUCAAACCUUUGGUGAAGUGGCUCAAAGUUCCACGCUCUACGAGCAGAAAACCAACCAUCAAUGAGGAGAUACAUGAGAGAGCAUUUGACCACAUCCUGACUGCAGUGGAGGACAUCGCUGGACUUCAGGGCUAUCACCACUGGCGAGACAAGUGGGAGCAGUUUGAUAAGAACUACCUGAGUAAACUUCUGCUGAGGAAGUCUGUGUACAGAAAGAGCGAACUGUGGGAGGCCUACCAGAAAAUCAACAUCCGAGACGCCAUCAGUGUCAUUGACCAGGGCGGUAAUGUGUUGACCUCUGCGCGCCUGUCUCUCCCCUCGAUGGCCUCCAGAGCGUCAUUCCCAGAGUUUACCAACGUAACCAACUACCUACGAGAGAAUGGCAGUGGUGUGUGUCUGGACCUGCAGGUCAUUGAUAAUGUCCCUGGAGCCAAAGUGGAGGAGGACACAGAGACUCACCAUGUCCUGGCCGGAAAUCUGUACAAACCACGCAGACGGUACCAGUCCCACUACAGCCGUCACUUCAUGCCUUUGGGAGAGAAGGAACGCCAGGAUCGAGAAGUUUUCCAGAGAAACAUGAAAUAUCGAAUGGAGAGCUCCAAGUCCACAAGACACAAGAGGCACAAGAAGGAACGAAGCAUCAAAAAGCGGCACGGAUCAGACCCAAAGGAGGAGAGCACAGAGAAACCGAGACGCAAUGUCAGCUGGCAUGACAAAGAGCCGGUGCUGGUGCCUGUGGACUCUGAGGAUGACAAAGCUGAACACUCUGAGAAAGACGAGGAUGAAGGAAUCACGUUUGUGGCUCGGAAAGUCGAGACUCCAAAACCGAGGCCCAAGUCAGUCCCUGCUGCUGUAGAGGCCUCCAGCAGCCCCCUGGCGAGCCCACUCUCCCGUCCCCCUAGCGUAGACACCCCUCUGCCCUGGAAAGGCGGUGUGGGCUCCCCUCCGCCCUGCGUCUCUGUGGAGGCCACCAAGAUCAUCCCUGUAGAUCUCCAACAGGCCUGGAACCAGAGCAUCUCCUCACUCGAGAGCAUCUCCUCUCCCCCAGCGCCCCCUUCUGCUGACGCUGUGCACCCCAGGAUCAGUGCUCUGUCUCGGAUCCCCGGAGCCCCCCGCCCGGCCUCCUAUACCCCCUCCAGUAGUUCUAGCUUUUUCAGUACCUCAAAUACACAGUUAGUACAAGGGUCAUUUUUGUUUCCAGAGAAGAUCCCCAAAGAAGAAGAGGAAGAUGAGAGUUCACAUGAGCUGCAGCCUUUAAUGUCGACGCUAAAACCACCUCCACCAGCAACAACAUCGGCCCCUCCACCCCCACCGCCAGGCUCUGCUCCAGGGCAAGGACGCAGGAAGCACCCCCGAGUGUUCCUUCGGAGCCUAGUGUCGGCGCCCCCUCCUGGCAACACAGAGCCAUGGAGCAGAGGACCAACCCAACUGUAGACAUUUAGAACUGGAUACAAAUAAGAUACAAGAUUAAAGGCACUGUAAGGCACUUAAAAAAGGUGAAAAACAGAACUAGCUCAUUUUAAACGGUUUGCAGAGGUCCAAAGUUACUUACAUUAUAAAUUCUGAGCACCACAUUGAGUUUAUAAGUGGUUUUCACUCAAGAGACCAGUGCGGAGACCACUAGCAUGUUAAUACACGCUUCCUGAUUAUCGGACAAUAAAACACUUUAUAAUUAAAUACAGACAGCACUCAGUAGACUUAUAUUGUAUACACAGCUCUUGAGGUCAAAAUAUCUGUAUUGGGACAAGACAAAUUUUUGAGAUAUAUAUAUAUAUAUCAGAUGACAUGACAUUCUAUAGGCCAAUAAUAUUAUACAGAUGGAGGCAGCUAAAAUGAAUAUUGUUAAAUCACCACCAAUCCAUUGGUUUCAGAGUGGUGAAGGUAGGAUCGAUGCCAUGGCAAUUAACAGUUUGUAACAAAAUAUGAUAUAUUUUGGAUGGUCAACCGUCCUCAUAAUGUCACCAUCUAACAGGAAGCUGAAACCUAUGAAUACAGAUAAGGAUUAGUCUUAUGGUUGAGUUCAGUUUUGUCCUGGUUUAGAAAUAAAACUGAGGGACACACUGAUCCAACUUUUUUCAUUUCCGAUACCGAUAUCAACACUACCCAAUUAACCAAUGUGGAGACUGUGGGACUGAAACUGAAGAUGGCACUUAUUUCCUUAAAACACAGUUAAUUUAUUUCACAGAGAUCAACUUAUCAACUUAUAAUCUUAUUUAUUCUUCACACCACUUAACAGCUGUGGGUGAAAAAAAGUUCAAACAUUAGGAGACAUUUUGGGCUGAAUUCUGCCUGUAAAUCAUCUUAUUACAUCUAGUUAAAGGCUCAACUAGGAAUAUUUUCAGUAUUGGUCCCAAUAUUUAGUCUCAUUUUUAGCCCACUGUCCAUAGGUCAAUAUUUUCCGAUUUUUUUCUUACUGUUACAGUCUUCAGAUUCACUGAUGACAUGACACAAAUCACGGUCCACUUCUUACCCAUGCAUAGUGGAAAUAAAAGUUGAAAUGCAUUAUUUUUGUAUUUUAUUAAUUUAUCACUACAAAUUCAGGCACUAACACAGUCGAUAUUGUGCUUAAGGGGGUGCGUUUAAUGCAGCCAAUUAUCUUGGAGAAAAAUUGGUGACCAACAGACAAAACUUGACAGUUGGUUCUUCAAUCUGGACCAAAGAAUGUAAGAUUAUGUGUAAAUUCAUCACCAGCAGCAUACACCAGCUCACUUAUUUUACCCAAACUGGAGCUAAGUAACUCAUACAGUCCUUAUUAACAAAAUUAAUUUAACUUGGCCCAAAAUCUCAAUACUUUCAUAGAAAAGUAAAGGUGCACUGUGUAAUGUCUGUAACUUCUGGUGAGGGCUCUUCCAUCGGCUUGUCUCCAUGGAAAUGUCAUUACUUUGCAUGGUUUCUUCACCAGUAUGCCAAUAACUUACCAGUCUUGUAUGUAUUGCUAAUACAUACCUUGAAAACCUUACAUUCUUCUGUGAACGUGGUAACCUGGCAACAUCUGACCUGUAACUCAGCCUGAUGGUGUCAUUGUUUGUCUCCAUGGAGAUAAGUUCAAUGUCAUACUGUUUAACUUACCUGGCAAAGCAAUAACAUCUCCAUAGAGACAAGCAGGUGUGUCCCCUCUCCCCACCACCACCAGAAAAGUUCACAGUGCACCUUUAAGUCACAGUAGUAGUUAUUAUAAUGACCAAAGAAAGACAUAGACAUCUCUUUAUUCAAAUGAGGAAAGGAAGUGUAUCUCAUGUAUUCUUAUAUAUGGGCCUUAUAUGGUUCUAUAUAUGGACCUUUUUUUGACUUUGGACCUUUUCAGUGAUUGAUUUAGCCUCCUGUCUGCCUGUGCGACUGUCUGUAUGAACCCUAGUGUACUCUAAACACAGCACAAGAAUGUACUGGACAUCGCUGUUUCUGCUUCGAGCAAUGUCCCCAAACUGUAAACCAAAACUGUAAUUAAUAUUUAAAUAAAUAUACAGUCCGUUUUUCU